AUGGUCAAAGCAGUUGUUCUCGGCGCCGCUGGUGGCAUUGGUCAGCCAUUGUCGUUACUCUUGAAGAUCUCUCCACUCGUGGACGAGCUCUCCCUGUUUGAUGUGGUCAACACUCCUGGUGUUGCCGCCGAUCUGUCACACAUUGCCUCGCCCGCUGUCAUCGAUGGCCAAGUUGCCGCCAAGGGUGACUUCAAAGGCGAACAAGCAGAGACUGAGGAGGCCAAGAAGAAGGCUUUGACUGGUGCAGAUAUCGUCAUUAUCCCCGCUGGUGUUCCUCGCAAACCUGGCAUGACCCGAGAUGAUCUCUUCAAGAUCAACGCAGGCAUCGUCAAGGAUCUUGUGGUUGCCAUUGCAAAAUAUGCUCCCAAAGCCAGCAUUGCUAUCAUCUCAAACCCCGUCAAUUCCACAGUCCCUAUUGCCGCCGAAGUCCUGAAAGAAGCUGGUGUCUUUGACCCCAAGAAGCUUUUCGGUGUCACCACUCUCGAUGUUGUUCGUGCUGAGACCUUCGUUGCUGGCAUUACCGGCGAGAAGGAUCCUCGCAAGCUUACCAUCCCCGUGGUUGGUGGCCACUCCGGCAAUACCAUCGUUCCUCUCUUCAGCCAAGCCAAACCUUCCGUCAAGAUCCCUGAAGAUAAGCUUGAUGCAUUGGUCAACCGUGUCCAAUUCGGUGGUGAUGAGGUAGUCAAAGCCAAGGAUGGUCUUGGUUCUGCAACUCUAUCCAUGGCAUAUGCUGGUUUCAGAUUCACCGAGGCACUUCUCAAGGCUGCAAAGGGUGAGAAGGGUAUUGUUGAGCCAACCUUUGUCUAUCUCCCUGGCGUUGAAGGUGGUGAUGAGAUCCAAAAGAUUACUGGCACCGAUUUCUUCUCUGUUCCCGUCGAACUCGGCCCCAGCGGAGCUGAAAAGGCCAUCAACAUCCUAAGCGGUGCGAACGACUAUGAGAAGAAGCUCUUGGACGAAGCAGUCAAGGGCCUCAAGACCAACAUCGAGACUGGUGUCAGCUUCAUCAAGAAUCCUCCCAAGUAG